AUGAGUGUCAUCAACAAUGAGCGGUCAGGACGAGAUGACAACAACGAAAUAAACAUUGCGAAUGCGGUGGAGAAUGUGGACAAAGAUACAAGGGGCCCAUCAGAUAAGAAUCUUCUGGCGGAAGAUCGAGGGCAUCGCACCGAUGACCCAGAGAGGAUUGCGGACUCGAACUCAGUGGAUGUUCCUCCUGAUGGCGGAUACGGCUGGGUUUGUGUCGCAUGUGUAUUUCUGAUCAACGGGCAUACUUGGGGAGUCAACAGUUCUUAUGGUGUUUUCCUUGCUCACUACCUUGCGAGUGAUACUUUUCCUGGCGCAACUUCCCUUGAAUAUGCAUUCGUCGGCGGCUUAUCGAUUUCUUUAGCCCUCCUCACCGCACCGGUAGCUACGAGCUGUACGCGCAAAUUCGGAACACAAGUCACUCUAGCCAUCGGUAUUGUACUCGAAACAGCUGGGCUUCUUGGGGCUUCUUUUGCAUACGAGAUAUGGCAUCUAUUCCUAUCACAAGGUGUCGCUUUUGGGUUCGGUAUGGGUUUCCUCUUCGUAGGUAGCGUUGGAGUAGUUCCACAAUGGUUCUCGAAACGUCGAUCUUUAGCCAACGGUAUUGCAGCAGCUGGAAGUGGACUGGGAGGUUUGAUAUAUUCCUUGGCGACAAAUGCAAUGAUUCAAUCCAUUGGGCUCGGCUGGGCUUUUCGAGUAUUGGCUAUUUUGGCUUUUGCAGUAAACACCGUUUGUACAAUUUUGGUCAGGGAUCGAAACCAUGCGGUUGGAUCGGUCCAGAAAGCUUUCGACAUACAACUGUUCAAGAAGCCUGAAUUCUUCCUUUUGCUUGGAUGGGGAUUCUUCAGUAUGCUCGCAUACAUUGUUCUUCUCUUCUCCUUACCUAAUUACGCGAGGAGUAUCGGCCUUUCAGCCAAGCAAGGUUCUGUGAUUGGUGCUAUUUUAAAUCUUGGUCAAGGUCUUGGUCGGCCAUUCGUAGGGGCAUUUUCGGAUGCAACUGGGCGAAUUAAUAUGGCGGGCACUUGUACCUUCCUAGCAGGGCUUUUCUGUCUCGUUAUUUGGAUUUUCGCCAAAUCAUACGGAGUUCUCAUAUUUUUUGCUCUUGUUGUCGGAACUGUCUCGGGCACGUUUUGGGCCACUGUUGCCCCGGUGGGUGCAGAAGUAGUAGGUCUCAAAGUCCUUCCUUCCGCUCUAUCUAUUAUUUGGUUAGUGCUUGUGAUACCUUGCACUUUUUCUGAGCCAAUUGGACUAAAGUUGAGAGCCUCAUCUGGAGAUAUAUACCUACACGCACAGGUCUAUGCAGGAUGUAUGUAUAUUGGAGCUGCACUGUGUAUGUGGGGCCUGAGGGCUUGGAAAAUCAGGGAACUGGAAAGCUUAAGAGAAGGAGAAAGGGAGAAAGAACUAAGGGAUGAGGACGAGGCAAGGAGGGAAAGAGAAAGGGAACAGGGUGAAGAGAAAGAUUUUGAAGAGGGUGCCAAUGUUCCGAUGAGAAGGCAGAUGACAAGAACAGAGAGUGUGAAGCGAGCCACAAAGGGGCUUUGGGUUUUACAGAGAGUUUAG